UUCAUUGCAGAGUUUGACAUUUCACGGAUGGAAGCAAAGAGGAUCUCACCUGGUGCUUUAACCAAGCAUUUGGUUUCCAGCUGAAGUAGAUUUUUUCCUGCAGUGACAUUAUGGCGACAGCAUCAACAGUGUCAGAUGAUUUGCAUCCUUUGAAGCGGCGCAACAGCUAUGGAUUUCUGCCACCUUCCUUGUCUGAGCUGAGGGUAGUUCUGCUUGGGAACAGCUGGGCUGAGAGGAGUUCAGUGGGAAACUCUGUACUGAGAAAAACUAUGUUCAACACUAAGGAAGAACCAGACCAGUGUCUGAGAAGCAGUGGACAGUUUAAAAGAAAAAAAAUAGUUCUCAUCAACACCCCAGAUCUGCUGCAUCCCAACAUCACCCAAGAGAAACUUUCAAAAUAUGUAAAAGACUGUGUGAGGCUCUCUGAUCCUGGACCUCAUGUGUUCCUGCUGGUUCUACAGCCUGAGCACUUCACUGAGAAACACAAACUGAGACUUGGCAGAGUCCUGGAACUCUUUGGUGAUCAAUCAUUCGAUCACUCACUGGUAUUCAUUUCACUAUCCAAAAAGGGUAGUUCAGGGUUCAAUGAAAAUGUUAUGCAACAUCCACCAUUACAAGACAUGAUCAGAAUGUGUAGAGACAGAUAUUUGAGGCAGAACCAUGACCGUUCAGAGCUGUUAACAUGUUUGGAUCAAACUGCAAAGGAGAACAACGGAGAGCAUGUGAGCUGUGAUGUGUUUGAGGAGGAUGCAGGUUUGAUCAUGGCACCAAAGUCUGAACACAUCGAACCAGCUUUAAAUCUGGUUCUGUGUGGGAGGAAAGGAGCCGGGAAGACUUCAGCAGCCGAAGCCAUUUUAGGUCAGAGAGCGUUUCCUUCAGUCUCCAACUCCUCAGAGUGUGUUAAACAUCAAGGAGAGGUGUGCGGACGAAUGGUUUCCCUGGUGGAGCUCCCUGCUUUGUGUGGAAAACCUCAGGAGGCAGUGAUACAGGAAUCAUUCAGCUGUGUCACCCUCUGUGGUCCUGAGGGCGUCCAUGCCUUCCUCCUGGUCCUACCUGUGGGUCCCCUCACUGAUGAAGACAAGGGAGAGUUAGAGACCAUCCAGAACACAUUCAGCUCUCGAGUCAACGACUUCACCUUGCUGCUGUCCACUGUGGAGUCAGAUCCUAAAGCUCAAGCUGUUAACUUUCUAAAGGAGAACAAGGACAUCCAGGAGCUCCUUCAGAGAUGUGGAGGAAGAUAUGUUGUUCUCAACAUCAAGAACCAGCAGCAGACACCAGAGCUGUUGGAUGCUGUACAAGAGAUGAGAAGUAAAGGAUCAAGGUGCUUUACAAAGGACAUGUUCACCAAGGCUCAGAUGGAGAAGGUUGUAGAGCUGGGUAACACUAACAGAAGACUUAAAGCUGACCUGCAGGAUGUUCAAAAGAAAAGUCAGGAAGGAAAUGUUGAUGAGAGUCAGGACAGAGAGUGUCUCAGGAUGGUGCUCAUUGGGAAGACUGGCAGUGGGAAGAGUGCAACUGGAAACACCAUUUUGGGCGAAAAAUUGUUUGAAUCAUCUGUCAGCUCAAAGUCAGUGACCAGGAUUUGCAAUAAAAGAACAGGAGAGAUUGAUGGACGUCCUGUCGCUGUGGUGGACACCCCUGGUUUGUUUGACACAACACUGUCCAAUGAUCAAGUUCAAGAGGAGCUUGUGAAAUGCAUCAGCUUGUCGUCUCCUGGACCUCAUGUGUUCUUACUGGUGCUGCAGAUUGGCCGAUUCACCCAGGAGGAAAAAGACAGUGUGGAACUGAUCAAGAACAUGUUUGGCAAGAGAUCUGGAGAUUUCAUCAUCGUUAUAUUCAGCAGAGGAGAUGAUCUGAAUGAUCAAACAAUAGAGAGUUACAUACAAUCUGAUGACCUUUUGAAACAACUGAUAGAUGACUGUGGAGGAAGAUACCAAGUCUUCAAUAACAAAGAUCAGACCGACCAUGAGCAAGUCAGAGAGCUGAUGAAGAAGUCCAUCAAAAUGCUGAAGGAAAAUGGCGACCGAUGCUUCACCUCAGAUAUGUUUCGAGAGGCAGAGGCCUCCAUAAAACAUGAAAUGGAGAAGAUCCUGAAGGAGAAAGAAAAAGAAAUGCAGAGACAGAGGGAGGAGCUGCAACGGAAACAUGAGGAGGAAAUGGAAGCAGUGAUGAGAAGAAUGAAACAAGAGAGAGAAGAAAGUGAGCAGAGGAAAGCCAAACAGCUUCAAGAAAUGGAGGAAAAUAUCAACAAGGAACGAGAGGAGAGAAGGAGAGAUGAGGAGAAGAGAACAAAAGAGGAGGAGGAGAAGAAAAGGCAGGAAGUAAUUCAACAAAUGGAAUGGGAGAAAAAACUUGGUGGAGAAAGAGAGCACAACAAAGAAAAGAUAAAAAAGCAAAAGGAAGAAUGGGAGAAGAAGAGAAAAGCAGCGUGGAUCAAACAACAAAAAAAAAAAGAAAAGAUAAGACAAGAGGAGCAAACAAGAAUUCUAAGGUUGCAAGAAGAGUACGAGCAGGAAAAAGAAAAACAUGAACAACUAAGAAAAGAAGAAGAUCAGAAGAGAAGAGAACAGGAGGAGGAGAAAAAACAAAUGGAGGAAAACUUUAACAAAGAACUGGAAGAAGUGAAGCGGAAAUAUCAAAAGGAGGCCAGAAAACAAGCUGAAAAAAUUAACAAUUUCAGAAAGAUAUUCAAGUACCUGAAGGAAAUAGAAGACCUGAAGAAAAGCCCAUAACAAGUAGAAACGAAACACGAAGGCAAGUGUAUCAUCCUCUGAUCUUCACCUCAACAGGGUCCAAUCCAAACCAAUCAGAAAGAACUACCACUUAUUGAUACAUUUCCACUUUGUGAGUAUUUGUUAUAACUCAUCCCGUAGUUUUGUUUCAAUGCCUUAUGGUUUUUGGAAAGCCACAUACAUUCAUUUUUACUGAGAACAAGGCUUUAAAAGGAGUUAUAAUUUUGGUUUAGGAUUCAUAAGUAGAAUCAAAGAUGGGUGGAACUCCACCUCCUUGGCCUGUUCCUCUUGGAAUAUAAAUAUUAAUGUGACUGGGUGGAGUGGCUUCUCAUCUGUUUUUACAUACACUGCCUGGCCAAAAAAAAAGGUCACACACUCUAAGCCCGAUGGAUCCUGGCCUUGUCCUCUUGGAACAUGCCCGUGCCAUCAGGGAAGAAGAAAUCCAUGGAUGGAAUAACCUGGUCCUUCAGUAUAUUCAGGGAGUCAGCUGACCUCAUUCUUGGGCACAUUGCUGAACCUAGACCAGCCCAACUGCAGCAACCCCAGAUCAUAGCACUAACCCCACAGGCUGGUGACCUUUCUUUUGGCCGGGCAGUGUAUAUGCUGUUGUGUUUUAUUUUUUAUUAUUACCUCUAAAUGUGUGUAUAUGUAUAUUUUUGUAUAUGUCUAUAUAUACAGUAUAUACACAGCUCUCUCUCCAAAUUGUUCUUAACAGUGUCAGAACUUUCUCCAAUAAACUAAAAAAAACGGAGGUAAUUGUUUUUGGAGCCAAAGAGGAACGAAUAAAAGUCAGCGCUGAGCUUCAGUCGGGUAUCUUCAAACAACAGAUAACGCCAGAAAUCUAGGUGUAGUCCUGGACUCUGACCUGAAUUUCAACAGGCACAUUAAUCUUGGCAACACUUACUACUUUUAAUUCCAGUCACAGCUUUUUAUUGAACGAUUCUUAUCUUACACUGCCCUGUAACUUUUAUUCAUGCAUUUGUUUCUUAUCUUUGCUUUAUUGUUUCCAUUACACUAUUUGUUAAUGCUCUUAAUGUUUUCAUUUUGGUAAAGCACUUUGAAUUGCCUUGUGUUGAAAGGUGCUAUAUAAAUACAAUUGCCUUGCAUAUGUAUACAUUUCCUUUUAUAUUUUUUAUUCUCUGGGAUGGUGAGAAACACAAUUUCUGUUCCUGUUUAACGAUCUGCAGCCGAACUGCUGGGUCUGAAUGUACAUCACAUAUGAUUCCCAUUUCUGUUAUAAUCAUUCAUUUGUUUUAGUAUCAUGUGAAGUAAAAUGUUGGUUCAAUAAAUACAUCAUUCUAAUUUCAA